AUGUCUCUCGAAGAACAUAUUACAGCUUUACAGGCCUCACUCGAUAAGGCCAAGCUUGUCCCUGGCUCUGCUUCCGAGCUGAUCCCUUCUUCCUUUGCACCUAGCACGGUGCUUAAAAUCAGCUUUGGCGACAAGGCGGUGGAUCUGGGCAACUUUUUUCGAGCGAGCGAAUGCAAGGUUGCCCCAACGAUAUCCUUUGCGCCGGAAACGGGCAGCUCGUCAUCGUCAAACGCCUCGUAUCUUCUCAUCCUGACCGACCCGGACGCGCCCACGCCAGAUGAUCCGAAGUUUGCCUUUUGGCGACACUGGAUCGUGAGCGGUCUGCAGCCCCUAGCUGGCGGGAGCCAAGGGGCGGUUGCGUUGACAAAGCCGACGAUUACAGAGUAUCUAGGCCCUGGUCCCAAGGACGACUCGAAACCACACCGGUAUCUUUUUCUCUUGUACCGAGAGCCCGAGGCCCUCGAUCUCAAAAAGCAAGACGCUGGAGGAGAGGAAUUUGUGGAGCGACGGUCAUUUAAGCCGGCGCAAUUUGCAGAGAAAUUCCAGCUGAAGCUGGUCUCGGUCAAUUGGAUGACAUGCGCAGGUGAUGGCUGGUCAGAAUAG